AUGUUUGGUGCUUUCCGUCCUACGUCGGUGAAUCUAGGUGGUCUGCUCUGGAAAACGCCAUGGAAGUUGUCAAUCACGCGAAAAGCCAAUGCGCGUGCUCGUCUAAAGAAAGUAGACGCAGUCAUUGAAACGGUCAAAGCCAGUGGCAUACAGUGCGGCGCGUUGGAAAGGGCACUGCAGCUGCCUAAAGAGCAUGAGAUGGAUCCCAAAGAUAAAUACACGGUAUUCAGUGCAACCUCUAAAGGCUAUCGAAAGGGCAUUCACAAAGUGCCCAAGUGGACUAGACUUACACUAAGAGUCAAUCCCAAGGGCUUUUAG